CUCAUGAAAUCAUUCAAAAAAAUCGGCCGGCGAAAUUAUUCUUUACCUGCAGGCCAGCUUCCAUAUUUCAUCCCUUAAUUAGAUAUUUAAAUGUUUGGCUUAUUUUCAGAAAUCAUACAAGCUAAAAUGUUCAAUUUUAUAUUGCUUUCAGUACUGGUGAUAGUUGCAGUCUUUGCCGAUGCUGCCUCCACCGCAAAGCCAGGCUGCCAAUCCAAUUGUGGAGACUUGACUGUAACCUAUCCGUUUGGCAUAGGAAUAGGAACAAACUGUUCAAUAAGCUCUUGGUAUGACAUAAACUGCAACACCACUUUCAAUCCUCCAAAGCCCUUCCUUGCCACCACAAACCACGAAAUUAUUGACAUAUCCAACGAAGAAAUACGUAUCAAGAAUUCGGUAGCAGCCCGAUGCUAUACAGAGACUGGUAACGUAACCCGGGAAAACCACAUAACGGUAGACUUGGCUGUUACACCUUAUAGCUUCUCUGAAAAAAAUAAGUUCACAGUGGUGGGCUGCGAUGAUUUGGCAGUGAUCAUCGGCUUCAGCUUCAGCGGCCGGAAUUUCACCAGUGGCUGCCUUUCUGUUUGCUCUGAUACUAAAGAUAUGAAUGAUGGAUUUUGUACAGGAAUUGGUUGUUGCCAAACUCCCAUACCAAAAGGCCUAAAGACUUUUGCAUCAGCACUUAAUAGUCUUGAUGAUCACAAAAUGGUUUGGCCCUUUAAUCCUUGUGGUUAUGCUUUUGUUGGAGAUCAGGAUGCAUUUCAGUUUCGAACCUCGGAACUUACUAAUCAAAGUUUUCAGAAUAAAACAAUUGAAAAUGUUCCAAUAGUUAUUGAUUGGGCUAUUGGGAAUCUGAGUUGCAGUGAGGCUAUGAAGUCUGAUGAGUUUGCUUGCUUUCAGAACAGUGUUUGUGUAGAUUCAGACACAGGUCUUGGAGGAUACCGCUGUAAUUGCUCGACAGGAUACGAGGGCAAUCCGUAUCUAAGUCCAGGCUGCACAGACAUUGAUGAAUGUGAGAACAAUCCAUGCGACGAAAAUGGAAUUUGUACAAAUACUCCAGGUAGCUUCAGCUGUUCCUGCAAACAUGGAUACACGGGCAACGGAACAAAAGAAGGACGUGGUUGCAUUGCCAAGAAUUCCCAGUUCCCAGUAAUCAAGUUUUCACUAGGUUUCAGCAUGGUCUUUGUGUCGAUAAUCAUUGCUAUGGCAUGGCUAUAUUUUAGCGUCAAGAGAAGGAAGCUUGUUAGAAUGAGAGAACAAUUCUUCCAUCAAAAUGGUGGGCUACUUUUGAAGCAGCAAAUUUCUUCAAAUGAGGGUGGAGUAGAAUCAACCAAAAUAUUUUCUGCUGAAGAACUUGAAAAAGCCACCAACAAGUAUGCAGAAGAUAGGAUUCUUGGCAGAGGUGGUUAUGGUACAGUUUAUAAAGGAAUUUUAUCUGAUGAUCGUGUAGUUGCAAUCAAGAAGUCGAGAAUAAUGGAUCAGAACCAAAUUGAACAAUUCAUUAAUGAGGUGAUUAUUCUUACCCAGGUUAACCAUCGAAACGUUGUGAAACUGUUGGGAUGUUGUUUGGAGGCUGAAGUUCCUCUUCUGGUAUAUGAAUUUGUUUCAAACGGCACACUUUAUCACCAUAUACAUAAUAAUGGUGAAAUGCCUUGGUUUUCUUGGGAAAAUAGGCUAAAAAUUGCUGCCGAAGCUGCUGGUGCAUUAUCCUAUCUUCAUUCAGCAGCUACUAUGCCUAUUAUUCAUAGAGACGUCAAGUCGAGCAAUAUUUUGUUAGACGAAUUAUAUACUGCUAAAAUAUCUGAUUUUGGAGCUUCAAGAUUGGUUCCCUUAGACCAAACACAAGUAACAACACUAGUUCAAGGCACUCUAGGCUAUUUAGAUCCCGAGUACUUCCACACGAGCCAAUUAACCGAGAAAAGUGAUGUCUAUAGCUUCGGGGUGGUUCUUGCCGAACUUAUGACAGGAAAGAAACCUCUUUCACCUACGAAAUCUGAAGAAGAGAGAAACUUGACUACAUACUUCAUUAUGUCCAUUAAAGAAAACAGAUUUUUUCGAAUUCUUGAGCCACGGAUUUUGAGGGAAGGUAGCUUGGAACAACUGCAAGCUGUUGGUGAGUUAAUCGAAAGAUGCCUCAAUUUGAAGAGUAAUGAAAGACCAACAAUGAAAGAAGUGGCAAUGGAGUUGGAAAGAUUAAGGAAAUAUACAAAACAUCCAUGGAAUCAACAAGGAAAUGUAGAAGAAAACAUGGCGUUGUUGAGUGAACAAUCGGACCUAUAUGAUAUCACAAUAACAGGUCAAGAACUUACUACUGAAAUGUACUCUGAACAAGGUAGUUUAUGUAGUCAUAUGAUAUAUCCUAGCAACAAUCCUCGUUAAAUAAUUUGUAAUGAAAUUAAUUCUUUUGUGUACACUUAUUUUAUUCUUAGAUGUAUUUUUGGGGACUGUGUAAAAUUCUUUUUAUUACAAUCUGGCACAUAAAUUUUGUA